AUGAGCUCCAAAACUGGCCACCGUCCGGACCCCUUAUCUGAUGUGCCGAGUCUGGGUAUGCGCACGAAUCUACUGGGCACGGCUUAUCCAGAGCCAGGGUACUACAGAUAUCUUAAACCGCUGGAUGACGUUAAGCCAUGUUUGUGUUUGGACUGGGACCGAAUACGCUGUUCGGUGGACAAGAGCCAGUCGACGCCGGAGGGCAUGUCGCCUGAUAUUGGAAGAUUCCCAUGGUUGGGCGUAAUACAGCAUAGUUUCUACAUCGGCGGCGCUGUACGAUUCGCAGUGACAGCCGGUGUUCUGGUCCACCCAGCGUACGCCAUUGCACCAGCCGAGGACAUAGCCAAGAUACUGCCGGAGACCAUAAUGAACAACACGAAGUUCAUAUUGUGGUACAGCGACUCGCUCAAGUACUCGAUCGACGUGAAGGAUUACGUGCUUCACCCGGACUACCAGAAGGUGACUCAGGCCACGAUCGCCGUCCUCGAACUGAACACUCACGGGGAGACGGGACUUAGCGAUAACAGCCAGCCGGUGUUGCCAGUGUGUAUGCCGGUGCGGGGGGCCGGUACUUUCUCGGAUUUGUAUGCGGUGAAGAUGACAGAUGAGUCUGGUGAGCUACAAAAAGAGAUCCGCCAGAUGAGUUUCGUUAACAGCCAAGAUUGCGCGGAAUUUUAUUAUAAAGCCAAUCUCUCGUACAAAAUGAUGGCACCUACAAACCCUAUCUGCGCAGCGUCACUCAUGCAAACGGAUUCUUGUAUUUGGGACGGCGGGGUUGCCCUUAUUUCUCGGCAGUCCUGGGGCUACUGGAAACUGUUGGGUUUUGGAGUGAGAGGCCCAGGAUGUGGAGCUCCAGCUCGGUUCAUUAACAUACAUGACUAUCUGUUUUGGAUCGACGAAGUCGUCUCCAAUUUAAGCCCAGACGACAUGACUGACAUGCAUAAAAUCUACUUUAGAAGACUGUCGCCGUAUAAACUUAUGAUGUACAAAGGUGACACCAUCAUACCCACGGAGCACGGAUACUGCGAGCGAGGCAAACGUGGCGGUGUGCUGUACAAGGACACGUCUGAGAUCGUGAUGACCAAGAACUUCGGGCAGGGGUUCUAUUUUGUGGCAGUAUCACAGAUAGCGGGCUUCCUGUGCGCAAUAGUGAACGUGGAGACGACCGCGCGUUCCAACGCAGCCGUCUGGGUGGAACACCACUGUCACAGAGACGUGUCGGGCCUGAUGCAUGGCAUGAACGAGGGCCCCGAUUAUAGAAGGAUCCAAUGUUUCCUGUAUUUCAAAUCGACCGCGUUUAUCGAGUUCCGAUUCUACUUCUCGUUCCGGGCCACCAUCGAGCUGACGCUAUACGGUAAGGAGGAGCGCCCCAGAAAGAUUCCGAACCCUUUCCACCGCACGGAGACCACAGACGAAUGGGAGCCGACCAACAGAAUCAUCAGGUGGGCGAAUUUCGUACCUUAUUACAAAUGGUGGUACUGGAUGUAAUUUUAGAUUACAUAAAUAGGGCUGACUGUCAAACUGUGACGUGAUCGUCUUUUUUUAUCAGUCUCUUGACGUAUUAUUUAAUAUAUAAAAUGAGUGUUUACGCAUUAAAAAGAUGCAGAAAUUAUAAAGCAAAAUAAAUAUAGCAGUUCCAUCAGGUGGGCCGUCAGCUUGUUUGCCGUUCUAAGUUUU